UAAAAAUGCAUCUGCCCAGCGGAUCUUUCAUCGUGCAUUUCAAUUAUGGAAUGAUUUAUGCCCAGGACUUAAAGUCGGCAUGACAGUGCGAAACGUUAAACGUAAAUUAACAAGAAGUUUACUACAUACAUUUUUAUCACAGUUUUUGUAAUAUUAUUGUAGUCAUUUUCCAUGUCCACAUUAUUUUCUGUUUUUAGGGCCAAUGACAAUGUGCAAUAUCCCUGUAGUCGUCUACUACGGUCCUAGUGCAAUAAACUACCAAGUAACCAUUAAUAACGUAACAACCUCGGGAAGUCUUGGUAGUGGAGGAGCGAAAGACAUGGACUACGACCGUUUAUCCAGACGAUUGUUCUAUUAUGUGUCAGGCAACUUUUACAGCGUUGAACAAGAUGGUUCAGAUUUAAGAGACAUAGGAGCAGUAGGAAAUGUUGACAGGUUCACUGUGGAUGGACGAAACAAUAUCAUCUAUUACAUAAAUGAUUUAACUGACAUUAUUUCCAAGUUCAACAUGACAAACUCAGCUGAGACUGAUCUUGGCAUUCGUGCCAAGGACAUUGACAUGGACAGCGUAAAUAAGUAAGUACUGUUAACUAUGAAGUACUGUUAAUCCUGAAUGACCCUGGAUUUCAUGGAUAAUAUGCAAUUCAGCAUUUGAAUUAAUUUACCUACAGAUUUGGCCAUUUUUUACCUACUAAUUUAAGGUCUUUGAAAAAUUUUUGAAAGGUCUUUAAAAAUCUUUAAAAUCUUUAGUGAGUACUUGAUUAUACGAUUUCCUAGCUAGUAAAAUAGAUUGAUUGAAGCAAGAUUUACGAAAAGGUGUAUUUUAGGAUGUGAUUCGGCGGGACAAAUUACCGGGUAAAAAUGAUGCUUACACUCGCAUUUGUCGACAGCUGAUUCAUCCCAAAGGUCUUUGAAAAUUAAGUAUUUGAAAAUAGGCAGAAAUAGUCUUUGAAAGUUUUCGAAAAUUUUUGGUCUUGGAGACUACGAACCCUGUAUAAUUAUAGUGAUUUAUUGCAAAUUCGGUUACUUGGUUUAGAAUAUAAACUUGAAUUGAAAUUAUCUUCUGGCAAUACAAUUUAGUACUACAUGCAGUAAUUGAUAAGGGCUAUAAAUCGUUGAAUGAAGAUUGCAUUGAGAAUCGUAGCAGUAAGGUCCAUUCUGUAGGCAAAUCUUUUGAACUGGAAAUUCUGAACUUUCAUUUCUUUGGCGUGUCUGUCACUCCCAGCGUGUGAGCGCGCUGGGCAGACUGAAAAUCUACCCGCCUCCUUUUAGAUACUAGUCCAAUGCUCUGCCGUUUAAGCAGCGACUCCAACGAGACCAAAUCGGUUCGUGUGUUUGUUUCGCAACUGAGUCUAGUUCCUUCAAUAUUAUUGUGGUCAUAAUAUGAUAAAAAAUCCUUUUUCAUUCCCUUUUUCUUAAAAUUUGCCACAUUUUGUCUAUAUUCAUUAUCAGCUAUCUAUACCAUAUGUCACCAUGUAUAAUACUUGUAGCACUAUUUUGUGCCUUAUAUUUAAGACAUUGCAUCAAAGUUUUAUCUUAAGAAACAGAAACGAAUGGUAGCGAUUAGUCAACCAGUUCGAUUUCCUUUCACGUAUGUUGUAUAUUUUCUCCUCUAGUUACCUGGUUAUUGUCAGGACGGAUAGUGGUAGCAACAUAGAGCGUUACAAUGUUGAGACUGAAGUGGUGGAAGCAAUAAAAGCAGGAGGUGACUUUCCUCAGGAUGUUUCUGUUGAUGCUGAUAAUGGUGUAGUUUACUGGGUAAACGUCAUUGGUGGUUCUACGUUUAAAGUCAAGAGAACCUCGUAUGCUGGUAUAACAACAGACCUAAAUAUUACGUAUGCUGACAGAAUUGAAAUAGCUCAAGAUGAACUUUACUUAUAUGUUCUGGUUGUUUCAAAUGAGACAAUCUAUAAAUAUAGGAAAAAUACAUGGGAGCAAAUGGGAAGUAUUGUUGUUCCCAGUGGGACGAGUGGAAUUGAAGUUGCAUUUGGUGAGUAUUAG